AUGGCCGAUCAGCAGGCAGAGAAUCCUAUUCAUUCCCAAAAUGAAUCUCGUGAAGUCUCUUCCGCCGAGCUUCAUUCGGACGAAAGAUCAGUCGAUAUGGCCGGAAACUUCGGCAGCAGUAAUACCGCCAGAAACAACGGACACUCCGAUCACGGUGAAGAUCGAAAAGUCGCAGACCAAUCUGAGCGAUGGUUUAUGGAGUUGUGCGAGAUGAAGCGCCUAUUCAUCUGCUGUGACGGCACAUGGCAGAACGCAUCCGGAACAAUUACUCCAUUGACCAACGUGGCAAAGUUGGCACGGGCUGUGAUUCGUUUGGGCAAUGAUUAUUAUGAACACCCCGAUCCGAAGGAAGCCGAGGAUGUGCGCAGACUGGCAAGAGACGACGUGGAUCGUCUCUACGAUACGUAUUAUCCCAAGGAUACGAAAGCGCGCGUCGGCCUUGUUCGGCAACUUGUCUAUUAUUCUAGCGGCAUAGGAGGCCAGACUGCGAUCCAACUCGAACGUGGCUAUUCUGGGAUGACAGGCAAAGGUCUGGAGGCGAAUAUUUUGAAUGCCUACUGCUUCAUCUGCAAUAACUUCAAUUUUACGUCAGAAAAGGAUGAAAUCAUCCUUGUCGGAUUCUCUCGCGGUGCCUUUGCUGUUCGAUGCCUAGCCAACUUCAUCGACAAGGUUGGCCUGCUACGUCGUAAAGGUCUAACAUUUCUUCGACCUCUCUUCGGUUCUUGGAAGAGAUGGGGUGGAGCUAAAGGCAACAAGAAGGCAAAGUUUCAGGCCGAGUUCUAUCAUAUGCUCCAUGCGCUCGAAGACCUUCGCUAUUCCGAUGCUACAGUCCGUAUUCUAGCCGAAUGGGACUCAGUCAGCGCCAUUGGUCUGCCACUAUGCGUCCCAGGUGCAGCCGGAUCACCCGCCGCCCUAAGGUCGCGCAAUUAG